GAGCCGGCGGGCGGGCUGGCGGCGGACGGCGGGGGGACUUGUUGUUCUUCGCGAAGUCCGAACCCGAGCGCGCGGCGGAGGCGGCGGCCCAGGGGGAGCGCGAGUGAGCGCGAGGAGAGCGCGUGCCCGCGAGGAGCCGCCGCGCGCCCGCGCCCCCGUGCGACGUCAGGUGCAGACGUCUGAGCUCAGAGGGAGAGUCAGAACAGGAAGCAACAGCUGCUCACACCCGGCGUCACCCCAAGGCGCUGGCGCUUGCAGCACAGGCCCGGCGGGCAGCGUGGGACAGCCGUGUGGCUGCCGGGCACUGGGACAAGUGACGAUUUCCAAGCAGUUCUGUCUGGGUGCCUGUUCCAGGUUAUGACGACUAACCCCAAACCAAACAAGGCGUUAAAGGUCAAGAAGGAGGCGGGCGAGAACGCCCCGGUGCUCAGCGAUGAUGAGCUGGUAUCCAUGUCGGUGCGGGAGCUGAACCAGCACCUGCGGGGCCUCACCAAGGAGGAAGUGGUCCGUCUGAAGCAGCGCCGGCGCACGCUCAAGAACCGCGGCUACGCCGCCAGCUGCCGCAUCAAGCGGGUGACGCAGAAGGAGGAGCUGGAGCGGCAGCGCGUGGAGCUGCAGCAGGAGGUGGAGAAGCUGGCGCGUGAGAACAGCAGCAUGAAGCUGGAGCUGGACGCCCUGCGUUCCAAGUACGAGGCUCUGCAGACCUUCGCCCGCACCGUGGCCCGCGGGCCCAUUGCACCCACCAAGGUCGCCACCACCAGUGUCAUCACCAUCGUCAAGUCUGCUGAGAUCUCCAACUCCGUACCCUUCUCGGCUGCCUCCUAGUGCCCGGCCGAGGGUUGGGCGAGGGGGCCAGUGGGGGGGAGGGGAGGGAUGUCCCUUGUGCUCGUCACAGGGUCCCAUGGGGAACACACCCCUGAUCCCCUGAGUCAAAGUGCAGACUCCACGGGGCUCCCAGUGGGGCGAGGUCAUGGGGGCCUGAUGAAGAGUUAGGGGCUUGUGAACCCGUGUGCCACACGCCUGCCCACACAUGCACGCACACACAUGCACACACAUGCACCCGGCCUUCCUCUGGGCCCUGCCAGCUCUCUCCAGACUGUCUGUUUUCAGGGGCCUGUGUCUUUUGGGGGAGUUGGGACGUAGGCAAGGAAGGUCCUCAGAAAGUUCCCGGCCCUGUGGCUCAGAUGGCAGGGGCUCCGUCUUCCAUUCCUCCCGCCAGCAGCCUGUCAAUACAUCUGUCCCCCUGCCGUGGCCCCCCAGCUGGCGCAGGAACCCUCUCACCACCCUGACUGAGUCCUGGGGUCGACAUGCACCGUGACCCUGCUUUAGCCUUAGCCCGAGACCUGUACCCUAUGAGGCGGAUGGAGGGUGGGCCGCUUGAGUGGGUGUGUGGGUGCACAUGUGCAAAGGGGCCUGCCUGCUGUCACACCAGAGCACCUGCAGCACCGGGGGCCUUGGAGGAGCAGCUCGUUGCGGGUGGUCACGGGGGGCCUGUGGGUACAGGUGGCAGAGAGUCACACGAGUGUUGUGAGUUUUCGCUCUGUGUUGGGGUGACCGGAGGGAGGUCCCCAGUGAGGAACCGCCGGGCUGGGGGAGCCAGCCCACCCUGCUCCUGCCCCACAGAGCCAGGGAAGGUGGCGCCCCAGCGUGGGAAGGGGGCGAUGGGUCCUGGGGGCUGGGAGGUGGAAGGGGAGCAGGUUCUUCGUGGAACAGGGGGAGUUGGGAAGGCCUCAGGAGCGGCCGUGGAGCUGGAUGGGGCCUGGCUGCUGGUGGUUCCCACUGCUGGAGGAGUUGGGAGAGCAGGGAGACAGGUGGGUCAGAAGACGAGGGGGUCGUGAUGGUGGUGGGCG